UGUCAUGAGGCCUCACCCCAGGCCUAAUUCAAUUGAAAAAAAAUAAAAAAAGGACACAGAAUAACGAAGAACCAUUAAACCCAUGAUAAGAAGGAAAGUGCAGAAAGAUAGAAGAAUUUGUGAGUGAAAGAAUAGCAGGCGAUAUGUCUCUGAGACCCAAACUUCUAUCUUCUUCUUUUGUUGGAGACCGCUUUCUUCGUUCAACGCCGCCUCUUCACCAACUCUUCUGCUACAACCCAGGAAGCAAACAUGUGACAUUGCAGUUAUCAAGAACGCUUUCUGGCUUAACCAACCUCUUAUUCAAUAGAAGAAAUCUAGAUGAAUUGCCAAAUGCCAAGCGUGAACGUCUAAAGCCUGGAAAAGUGUCUCCUCAUCGACCUGUUCCAGGUCAUAUACUGCGGCCUCCUUAUGUCAAAUCUAAGCAACCACCUGGAAUUGCAAGUGGACCUGAAGUGCAUGAUGAGAAGGGGAUAGAAUUUAUGAGAGCUUCUGGAAGGCUGGCAGCACAGGUUCUUGAAUAUGCUGGGACUUUAGUCAAGCCAGGCAUAACAACAGAUGAAAUUGACCAAGCCGUUCACCAAAUGAUAAUUGAUAAUGGGGCCUACCCCUCGCCUCUUGGCUAUGGUGGAUUUCCGAAGAGUGUAUGUACAUCAGUGAAUGAGUGCAUUUGCCAUGGAAUACCAGAUUCUUGUGCACUGAAGGAUGGUGACAUUAUCAAUAUUGAUGUUACAGUUUAUCUAAAUGGGUAUCAUGGUGAUACAUCAGCAACAUUCUUCUGUGGAGAUGUUGAUGAUGAGGCCAGACAGCUAGUUCAGGUGACUAGAGAAUGUCUCCAUAAAGCAAUUUCAAUAUGUGCACCAGGAGUGGAAUUCAAGAAAAUUGGCAAAACGAUUCAUGACCAUGCAGAUAAAUAUCGUUACGGUGUUGUUCGACAGUUUGUCGGCCACGGGGUUGGACGUGUUUUUCAUGCUGAUCCAGUUAUUCUACACUUCAGGAACAAUGAUGGCGGACACAUGCUGUUGAAUCAAACCUUCACAAUUGAACCAAUGCUGACAAUAGGUAGCAGUAAUCCUGUAAUGUGGGAUGAUAACUGGACGAUCGUUACAGAAGACGGGAGCCUGUCAGCACAAUUCGAACACACAAUUCUAAUAACCCAAGAUGGGGCUGAGAUACUGACAAAGUGUUAGAUAUGGUUUGAACUUGCCUCCUAAUCAAAAAUUUUGCAUUGGAGGAGGUAUCAUUGCAAUCCUUAUUUUAUCUCUAAUUUUGGUUAUGCCCUUUAGACCUGCUUCAUGUGGCCCAGCUUCUGGUUCAUCUGGUAUUUAUUUUCCUUUCUUUUUUUUUUUUUCCCCCCCCCCUAUUUAUUCCUCCACCCUUUACUUUUUUGGGCUACAGACAGGAAUUUCGUACAAUAUCUUGUUGCAUAUCAUAAAUGUCUUAGGAAUUGUGGAUAUUAUGUAUAUUCAUUUAUUUUGUUAGUGACAAUAUAAACUCACAUGUUUUAGAAUAUC